GCCCAGCCGGGUGGGUCAUCUAGGAGCGGACCCGGCGGCCACGGAGGGAAGGGGCAGCCGCCCCCCGAGGAACUCCAGGGCCCCAAGACUAUGGAGGCUUUCAACAGGAAUAUGGCAGGUUCUGGACGCAAGAUUCAGGCCAUCAUCCAGAAGGGGCCCCUGGACCUGAUCGAGACGGGGAAAGGGCUGAAAGUCCAGACGGACAAGCCCCACCUGGUGAGCCUGGGCAGUGGACGGCUCAGCACAGCGAUCACCCUGCUGCCCCUGGAGGAAGGGAGGACGGUGAUCGGUUCGGCCGCCAAGGACAUCUCGCUGCAGGGCCCUGGCCUGGAGGGGGAACACUGCUACAUUGAGAACGUGCAGGGUACACUCACCCUGCACCCUUGUGGCAACCCCUGUGCCAUCGACGGUCUUCCAGUCCGACAGCCCACCCGCCUCACACAAGGCUGCAUGCUGUGCCUUGGGCAGUCCACCUUUCUUCGCUUUAACCACCCGGCAGAAGCUAAGUGGAUGAAAAGUAUGAUCCCAGCAGGGGCACGGGGCCCUGAAGCACCCUACAGCCCGACCCAAGUCGAGUCGGAGAGCCUGGUGAAUGGAAACCACCUCCCCCGGCCUGCCAGCCGGGGGCGUCCAGCCUGUGCCAGCCACAGCUCCCUGGUCAGCUCCAUCGAGAAGGACCUGCAGGACAUCAUGGACUCACUGGUGCUGGAGGAGCCGGCCGGGCCCUCCAAGAAGCCGCCCGCCACCUCCCCGCUCUCCCCUCUGCCCAACGGCGGGCGCUACCCGCUGUCGCCGCCCACCAGCCCCGGGGCCAUGUCCGUGGGCUCCAGCUACGAGAACACAUCGCCCCCGUUUUCCCCUCUCUCCUCGCCCGCCAGCAGUGGCAGCUGCGCCAGCCCCUCACCCAGCGGGCUCGAGCAGGGCCCCGCCAUGCCCCCCUUGGUGCCCGCCCGCUCCUCUAGUUACCACCUGGCCCUGCAGCCCCCUCAGUCCCAUCCCCCCGGGGCUGGCGCCCGCCCGACCGAGAGCCCCCAGCCGGGCAGGAGGGGGUUGCCCGACGGACCCUCCGUCCCCGGCCUCCGGGCUCUGCUGACCGACAGCCCCGCGGCCACCGUCCUGGCCGAGGCCCGCAAGGCCUCCGAGAGCCCGCGGUUCGGCGUGCCGGUGCCCCCGACCGUGGCCGUCGGCCUGAGCGAGCGCCCCGCCGGGGGUGCCCGCUGCCAGCCCUCCAGCGUGCCCGGAAGCCCACGCUCGACCCCCAAGUUCCAGCCGCCGGUUCCCGCCCCCCGCGGCAAAACCGGCGGCCUCCAGGAACGUCCACCCAGCCCCUUCCGGGAGCCCCCGGGCGCUGACCGAGCCAUGCCCGCUGGGCCCUCCCGCCAGCCGCUGGGCAGAACCUACUCCGAGGGGACCGGGGCGGGGCCCGGCCCCCAGACCCGCUCCCUGCAGCCUCCAGAGAGCCCCCGCCCGGGGCGCAAGGGGCUGGACAGCCUGCGGGACCGACCGCCCCUGAGCCCGGCCCUGUCCCGCCGGGCCCUGCCCCUCUCCCCCGUGCCCUCCCGGGCACCUCAAGAUGCCAGUCCGGACGGCCCCCGGGCCCGGCGCUGGGCGGGCCCGCCCGAGGACCCGGCCUGGACGCUGGGGGGACGUGUCCGGCGGGCCCGGAGCCCCUCGCCCACCCUCGGGGAGGCGGCGGGCGCCCGCAGGGCCGCCUUCGGGCCCGGGCUGAGUCCCGCAUACAGCCUGGGCUCUCUGAGCGGGCCCUCGCCCCGCCAGAGCCCGCGGGCGCGAAGGAAGCUGUCAGCGGGCGAGCCGGGGGUGCCCAUUGCCAGGGAGCGCAAGAACAGCGUCCCGGAGCUGAGGGUCGAGGGGGACCUGCUGGACUACCACCGGCACCAGAGGCAGGAGCGCCUGCGGGACCAGGAGAUGGAGCGCCUGGAACGCCAACGUCUCGAGACCAUCCUGAGCCUGUGUGCCGAGUACAGCCGGGCAGACGGGGGCACCGAGGCUGGUGAGCUGCCCAGCAUCGGCGAAGCAGCGGCGGCCCUGUCCCUGGUGGGCAGGAGGCCCUCGCGGGGCCUGACAGGAGGGUCUGGGCCCCCCGGCCGGGGGGGCGAAGAGUCGAGCGGCGCUGCCCAGCGUCUCUGGGAGCCCAUGGAGCGCUCGGACGAGGAAAACCUCAAGGAGGAGUGCAGCAGCACCGAGAGCACCCACCAGGAGCAUGAAGAAGGCCCUGGCGCGUUGAUACAGGGAGAAGCCCUGGCCUUGGAGGAAGAGCAGGCUCGCGUGCUGGGCCGUGUGGACCAACUCAAGGGCCGGGUGAAGGAGCUCGACCAGCAGCUGCAGGAGGCCACCAGGGAGGCGGAGAUGGAGCGGGCCCUGUUGCAAGGGGAGCGUGAGGCAGAGCUGGAACAGAUGCAGAAGGAGCAGAAGGCAGUGGAGCAGGUGCAGGAGAAGCUGGUGGCGCUGGAGACGGGCAUCCAGAAGGAGAGGGACAAGGAGAGGGCCAAGCUGGCCGUGGGCCGCCUGGAGCUGGAGGCGCAGCAGGCGAUGUACGCGGAGCUGAAGACCCAGUUAGAUAACUGCCCCGAGUCCGGGCGGGAGCAGUUACAGGAGCAGCUGAGGAGGGAGGCCGAGGCGCUGGAGACGGAGACGAGGCUGUUUGAAGACCUGGAGUUCCAGCAGCUGGAGAAGGAGAGCCGGCUGGAGGAGGAGCGGGAGCUGGCAGGACAGAGCCUACUGCACAGCAAAGCUCAGCUCCAUCGAAGCAUCGCCGAGAGGAAGGAGCGCCUGGCGGUGUUGGAGAGCCAAGCGGGCCAGAUCCGGAUUCAGGCCAUGCAGGAGUCGGAGCGGCUGGUCCGGGACAAGAGCUCUGCCCUGCAGCAGCUGCACAAGGAGAAGGAGAAGCUGGCAGCCCUGGAGAGACGCUACCACUCGCUCACCGGCGGCCGCCCCUUCCCCAAAUCGCCCUCCGCACUCAAGGAGGAUGUGCUGCCCAUCUCCGAGCCCACCCCCCUAACCCCGCCUGCCUCUGCCCAGCCAUGCCCCAGGAUGCAAGAGAUGGAGUCACUGCUCCCUGCCCUUGACUUAGAGCAGUGGUAUCAGCAGCUCAUGGCAGGGCUGGAAGGGGGUCCGGCCGCCUCCCCCCGCUCCUCCCCUCCGCCUCUGCCCGCCAAAGCUUCUCGCAAGCUGCAGGUGUUCCGCUCCAAGAUGGAGGGAGACGGCGGCGGGUCCCUCUGCGGCCCUGCGCCACCCCCUUCUUCCUCUUCCUCCGGCUCCUCCUCCUCCUCCCAGCUCAGCGUCGCCACCCUGGGCCGCAGUCCCUCCCCCAAGAGUCCUCCCCUCUCUCAGAGCAGCCCCAGCAGUCUCCCCCACAACCUGGCGGCCACCCUGCAGGACAUUGAGACCAAGCGGCAGCUGGCCCUGCAGCAGAAAGGGCAGCAGGUAAUUGAGCAGCAGCGCCGGCGGCUGGCAGAGCUGAAGCAGAAGGCGGCGGCCGAGGCCCAGUGCCAGUGGGAAGCUCUGCACGGGCCCCCCGUGUACCCCACGGCCCCCACCGGCUACCCCCCGCUUAUGCACCACUCCAUCUUGCACCACCUACCCGGGCCCCGGGAGCGGGCGGAGGACGGGGACCACGCCUACGACACGCUGAGCCUCGAGAGCUCGGACAGCAUGGACACCAGCAUCUCCACCGGGGCCAACUCCGCCUGCUCUCCGGACAACAUGUCCAGUGCCAGCGGCUUGGAUGCGGGCAAGAUUGAGGAGAUGGAGAAGAUGCUGAAGGAGGCACACGCAGAGAAGACCAGGCUCAUGGAGUCCAGGGAGCGGGAGAUGGAGCUGCGGCGGCGGGCGCUGGAGGAAGAGCGGCAGCGGAGGGAGCAGGUGGAGCGGAGGCUGCACAGCGAGGGUGCCCGGCGGCAGCAGCUGGUGGAGAAGGAGGUCAAGCUGCGGGAGAAGAAUUUCUCCCAGGCCAGGCCCCUGACCCGCUACCUGCCCAUCCGGAAGGAAGACUUGGACCUGAAGACGCACAUCGAGUCUUCCGGGCACAGCGUGGACACGUGCCUGCACGUGGUGCUGGGCAGUAAAGUGUGCCGCGGCUACCUGGUCAAGAUGGGCGGCAAGAUCAAGUCCUGGAAGAAGCGCUGGUUCGUCUUCGAUCGGCUCAAGCGCACCCUCUCCUACUACGUGGACAAGCACGAGACGAAGCUGAAGGGAGUCGUCUACUUCCAGGCCAUUGAGGAAGUGUAUUAUGACCACGUGCGCAGUGCGGCCAAGAAGAGAUUGUUCAGCUGCAGCCUGGUGACUAGCCCCAACCCGGCCCUGACCUUCUGCGUCAAGACCCACGACCGACUUUACUACCUGGUGGCGCCUUCGGCGGAGGCCAUGCGCAUCUGGAUGGACGUCAUCGUGACGGGGGCCGAGGGCUACACCCAGUUCAUGAACUGAGCGGGGGCCGCCCCCUCCCCACCCCACGCCUGGGCCCGGGGCCCACCCUCCGAGGGCAUCGAGCAAAGCGGGCCUCCAGCCAAGACCGGCCCCAGCCACACGGGCCCAGGAUGGGGGCCAGAAGGGCGGCGAGGGACCGACUGCGACCAGUCCGCCCCCCGCGGGGCCACCCCCGGCUCUGACGCUACCCUGGCCGGGGGCGUGGGUACGGCAGGAGUGGACCCUUCUCUCGUGGCCGAGGAGCGGGUGAACCUCCGGCCAGAGCAGGGGCCUGGGGAGGAGGCCGGGCAGCCGGACCCGCCGUCUCUGCCCUGGAAGGACGGUGCCGGGGCUGUAUCCCUGCCAGGGAUGCUACCGCACUCUGCCAAAGAUCUCCCUUCAUCUCCUCUCCCCGGCCCCUUGGCAGCUGAACCAGGAUGCCCCCCUCCCCCUCCGGCCCCUCACCCUUCAAGCUCCAGUUCACUCCCACGAGAGGGGCACCGACCUAAUGCUCCCCAUCACCUUGGUUACAGCUCCAUCACCAGUGUGGGGGGACCCGUGGCCUGUGUGCCGCCUCCCACCUCUCCACUUGUGCCUUGACCGACACCAGAGGUGCCUGGAUGCCAUGGGGGGAGGAGCCAAGGGGGAGGACCUGGCUGGACUGGAGGUGCCUGGAUGCUGGACUCCCCCCUCCCUCUCCCCUCCUCCACCUGAAUCCCCCACCCUUCCCUCAUUUGACCUCAAAGUCAGAGGCGGCUGACAAAGGGGCUGGCGGUGGUGGGGAGGUCCCUAGCUGCCAGGGCUGAGCGAGUAGCGGCUCGGACCCCUCGCCUCUCCCGCCACUCGGCCCACACCCCUGGACUAUAACACUAACACCCCCUGCCCCCCUCCGCGUUUAUAAGCGGUGUCUGUGGCCGGCGGUUAAACCAUUUGGAGUAGUAAACCACUGCGUCCACUUUU